GUAAAAUGGAACGCGAAUUGCUUGUCAAAAUGCCCAACAGAUCUACCCCUAUAUGGGCCGCCACUUUUACAGCGGGGAGUUUGGUUGCAAUUGAUGCUGCAAAGGCCUUGCCUCUGGAACAUGCCUUGAAUGGAGCAUCCAUCCCUUUUCUGGCUGACAUAAAUCUUGGAGAUUGGCUUGGAGGUUUUUUAUAUUCAGCUGGACAGGAGGCUAAUGCAGCUGUUCAGGAUCAGUUGUCUGCCCUCAGUUUCACUAGUGUAGCAGUGAUUUUUGGCGCAGGACUUGUAACUAGUUUGUCCCCUUGUACAUUAAGUGUUUUGCCACUGACUUUAGGUUACAUUGGGGCUUUUGGCUCUGGAAAAAGACGAGCUGAGAUAAUUGGGAACUCAGUUGCUUUCUCAUUGGGAUUGGCAACAACAUUAGCCAUCCUUGGCAUUGCUGCUUCUUUUGCUGGAAAAGCCUAUGGUCAAAUAGGACAAGGACUUCCUUUUGCUGCUUCAGGCUUGGCGGUUGUUAUGGGAUUGAAUCUUUUGGAGAUAAUUGAAAUACAACUUCCCUCAUUCUUUAACAAUUUUGAUCCUCGUUCUGCUGCAGCUAACUUCCCUUCUAGUGUGCAAGCAUAUUUGGCUGGUCUUACAUUUGCGUUGGCUGCAUCACCUUGCAGUACACCUGUCCUUGCUACACUUCUGGGAUAUGUGGCAGCAUCCAGGGACCCAGUUAUUGGGGGAAGUUUAUUAUUGACAUAUACAACUGGCUACGUUGCUCCACUUCUAGUUGCAGCUUCUUUUGCUGGUGCUUUACAGAACUUGCUUUCAUUCCGGAGGUUGUCAGCCUGGAUUAAUCCUGUGAGCGGUGCGCUUUUACUGGGUGGUGGCGUUUAUACCCUACUGGAUAGACUGUUUCCUGCUACUACAAUGGUGAUGUAGCUACUAAAAUGGUUAAGACCAAAUACAAAAUUUCUUCAUCUUCUUUUGUCCGGUAUCAUUAUAGGAUUUAGUGAAGAUUUUACGUGGAUGAACUAUCCAUUACAAGCAGCUCUUAAGAGCAAUUUGUUGUUUGUAUAUGAGAGCAUUUUGUGGACCAUCUAUAUAUGAGUAAUGUUGUGCAGUCUAUUGAGAGCAUUUUGUAUAGUUUGAUCAAAGUUAUUCAUGUUCUCCUUUUAAGUUUUAGAAUUCACUAUCUGGUGAUUGUUUGAAUAGUCUUAAAAGUAUAUCUCAAAAGUAUUUCUGCUGCA